AUGUUCGUUAAGGAGAAGAAUGCGAUAUUGUUCACAUAUCCUCUUGAGGGAUCAUUCACCAGCACUGGUUUGGUUGUAUCUUCCAAGUUACCGAGAUUCUCCGAUCAGUACACUCUCACCAUCGAAAGUGCUGAUCCAAAAUCAAUCUCAGCUGGGAAGUCAGUCCAGUUAACCAAAAGUGUCACUCAAUGGCUGACUAAAGAUGGAGUUCUUGUUGAGGGUUUAUUCUGGAAAGAUGUUGAAGCCUUAAUCAAAAAGUACUCAGGAGGAGCAGGAGAGCCAAAGAAGAAGAGGUGA